AUGGCCGAAGUCGCUCAAUCGCCCGUCCCUCUCGACACCAUUCCCAUCUCUCCCGAGGGUGGUAAUGCUGCUACCGACUCUACUUCCAGCGCAAACUCUGGCGAUGUCGUCACUGUCUUCCACGACCCCGAGAACUUCAACGUUAAGCACCCUCUUGCUCACACCUGGACUCUCUGGUUCACCAAGCCCCCAAGCGGAAAGCAAGACUGGAAUGAAUUGUUGAAGGAGGUCAUCAGCUUCAACAGUGUCGAGGAGUUCUGGGGCAUCUACAACAACAUCACUCCCUCGUCCGAGCUCGCUCCCAAGUCCGACUACCAUCUCUUCAAGCAGGGUGUCCGCCCUGAGUGGGAAGACCCUCAGAACAAGCACGGAGGCCGUUGGUCAUACACCUUCAAGCAGCGCCAGGCCAACGACGAAAUCUGGCUCCACGUUCUGCUCGCUGCCAUCGGUGAGCAGCUUGAGGAUGACAACGACAACGAGGUCAUGGGUGUCGUCAUCAACAUCCGUAAGGCCUUCUACCGUAUUGGCCUCUGGACUCGCAGCGCCGGCACCAAGGCCAACCCCACCAAGCAAGGCCAGCCCCAGCGCACCCCUCAGGAGUCGCAGGCCAUCCUUAUGAAGAUCGGCCAACGCUUCAAGGCUGUUCUGCAAGUCACAGACAAGGAGCCUGUUGAGUUCAUGGGUCACUCCGACUCUGCCAACGCUGGUUCCACCCGUGCUAAGGCCAAGUACUCGGUCUAA